AUGCCUCUUCCCGACGCGUCGCCGACUCUUCCGUCGUUUCGGAAGCAGCAUCUGCUGGUCGAGUUCUCCAGCCUGCGAUUCGCCCAACUCGAUGGCGUUUUCGUGAGCAUCACCCCCGGCGAUCCUUCGCUCUGGGUCGGCAUCAUUUUUGUACGCAAAGGUCCCUAUGCGCCAGCAGUGCUGCGUUUCCAGAUAUCCUUCCCAGCAAGCUACCCGUCGUUGCCUCCCCUCGUGACCUUCUCCACCGACGUCUUCCAUCCGCUACUCACGCCACUCACGACGUACACUUACACGACCGGCUCGUCAGACACGGAUACCGUCAGUGCCACAGAUGAGGAAAGGCUGCCACCGGGUGGGUUUAGUCUUCGACACGGAUUCCCGCAAUGGUUUGGGCGUGCUCGACGGUCUGCAGCGAGCUCCCGUAAUGUGAGCGGAUCAGGCCUGGACAGUCCCACGCAGAGCCAUACCCCCGUACUCUCGCCGGACGGCAAGCACGGCGCGACAGCCACGACAGAUAUGGGUUCUAUUGCCGGUCCGCUUGGGAAGGACGUGUCCAUUGUCAGGGUUCUAGAGUACAUCCGCACCACCUUCAGCGAUGAGCGGGUCCUUGACUCAAUCCCUGUAGAAGCUGCAGCAAAUCCGGGCGCAUAUCAUGCUUGGCGGGCUUAUCGCGCGGCUAGCUUGCAGGCACAGCAAAUCCCGCCCAACGCUCCAACAUCUAGCUCUCAGGCGAAUUCAACGGGCAAGACGAACGAAGGCUCGACGCUAGGCAGGAACCGCCGUCCGGGCGAAUGGAACUGGGAGGGCGUGUGGGAGGAGCGUGUUAGGAAAGCAGUGAAAGCAAGCCUAUCCGAGCCUGUGUUGUUCGGCGGGCCCGCAGGAGAGGAUAUCAUCCGUUUCCGGGACGCGGGUGAAGAGGCCAUGGCGAAGAUGAAAGAACAGCUGGAGCUGGUGCUCUCGAGGACCGCAGUCUGA